AUGGCCCAAGAGUUUAAGCUCAAGGGCGUGACGUCCUUGAAUCUAAAGAACGGGGAAAAGAAAGAAGUCGAGGUGGAGGGUGUUGAGGGUGGCAAGGUACUUUUGUUGAAGACGCAAGACCGGGUACAUGCGACAUCAGCAAACUGCACGCAUUACGGAGCACCACUGGCGAAAGGCAUACUUACACCUGACGGUCGAUUGACAUGCCCUUGGCACGGCGCUUGCUUCAAAGUCUCAACCGGGGAUGUUGAAGACGCACCAGCCCUUGAUCCGAUUUCCAAGUACGACGUGUUCGAGAAGGAUGGCGCCGUAUACAUCAGGACCGACGAGGACACACUGAAGGCCAACCGAAGAACCUUGAACGUCAAGUGCUCGCCAGUGAGCAACGAACACAUCCUGGUCAUUGGAGGUGGUUCCGGUACCCUUGGCGCCGUCGAGGGCCUCCGAGGCGGGGGCUACCAGGGCAAGAUUACGGUCAUCUCGAAAGAAGGCUACCAGCCCAUUGACCGAACCAAACUGUCCAAGGCUUUGUUGGCUGACGUGUCCAAGGCAGCGUGGAGACAGAAGGAUUGGUACAAGGACGCAUCUAUCGACAUCAUUGAGGAUGAAGCUAAGAGCGUUGACUUCUCGGGCAAGAAGGUCUCGAGCAAGUCGGGCAAAACGUACGAGUACUCGAAGCUGGUGCUGGCGACUGGCGGUACCCCAAGGUGGCUGCCGUUGGAAGGCCUGAAGGGAGACUUGGGGAACGUAUUCCUACUACGCACCCUGCCAGACGCGCAGAACAUCUUGAAGGCUGUUGGCGACAAUGGUAAGAAGAUCGUCGUAGUGGGCAGUUCUUUCAUCGGUAUGGAGGUCGGCAACUGCCUCGCAAGUAUGAAGAACAAUGUCAAUAUCAUUGGCAUGGAAGAAGAGCCAAUGGAAAGGGUGAUGGGCAAGAAAGUCGGCAAGAUUUUCCGUGGUCUUCUCGAGAAGAACGGCGUCAAGUUCAAGAUGGGCGCAAGCGUUGACAAAGCAACACCAUCGAAGAGCGAUUCUUCAAAGGUUGGCGCCGUGCAUCUCAAGGACGGCACAGCGCUUGAAGCCGACGUGGUCAUUGAGGGUGUUGGCGUCUCGCCUGCAACAGAAUACCUCAAAGAUAACCCGAGCGUGACGCUAGAAAAGGACGGCUCAUUGAGGACGGACGAGUCGUUCGCCGUCGAGGGCUUGAAGGAUGUCUACGCCAUAGGAGACAUUGCGACGUACCCCUACCAUGGUCCUGGAGGCAAUGGCUUGCCGGUUCGCAUCGAGCAUUGGAACGUUGCACAAAACGCCGGCCGCUCAGUGGCCAAUUCGAUCAACAACCCAGGAUCGAAGCCAAAGCCAUUCAUUCCUGUGUUCUGGUCAGCUCUCGGUUCGCAGUUACGCUACUGCGGUAACACGAUGAAUGGAUAUGAUGAUGUCGUUCUCCAAGGCAAGCCAGAGGAGCCUUCGUUCGUCGCCUAUUACACGAGUGGAGAAGAGGUUGUGGCAGUCGCGUCUAUGCAAAAGGACCCAUACAUGACGCAAAGCGCAGAGCUUAUGAGGAGAAAGAAGAUGCCGAGCAAGAGUGAGCUCCAAAAGGGGGUGGACAUUUUGGAGAUUAGUCUCCCGAAUGAGGUGAAGAUGUGA